AUGUUGUUUGUAUAUCUUGUCCAUCAUAUCGUCUGCUUAUUUCAGACAGUGCUGUCCGUGGGGCGGCAGCAAGGUGUUCAUCAGACACUGCACAAUGCCAUUGCCUCGCUUCCGACUGGUCUUGACCCUGACACCAACCUGACCUUACGUGUUGCCAACGCCGUGUACUACAACCAGUCCCGGAUCACGGUGUUACCUGGAUUCUCACAGAACAUCCAGAGGCUCUACGGGAGAGCACUUAAGCCUUUAGAACAGCCGAACCCCGAGGCAGCCAUUAACUCUUGGGUGGAGGAAGUGACGGAUGGAAUGAUCCAGAACCUCCUGCCACCUGGUCACAUCACCAACUCCAACACCGUCCUCAUGCUUCUCAAUGCAGUCUUUUUCGAGGGGUUCUGGGUAAAUCAGUUCUCCACAAGUCACACAAGUGAAUCUGACUUUACCACGGCGACAGGAAGUGUGGUGCGAGUUCCCAUGAUGUAUCAGAGUGACGCUGUUAUCAGUUUUAACAACAUCGAAGCUUUGAACGCACAGGUGAUUGAGCUGCCUUACACGGGAGACCGAUUCAGCCUCUUUUUGAUCAUGCCCAACACCUGGGAUGGUUUGAUGAACCUGGAGAGACGCCUGGACGGUCAGAUGCUAAACAGAAUACUGAACAACAUGCGCCCCACUGUAAGUGCCGACCUCCACCUGCCAAAAUUUCGUCUGAGUACCGGGAAGGAACUCAAUGACCAUCUCAUGUCCAUGGGUCUGCGGACGGCGUUGUCGCGAAGAGCGGACUUCCGGCGAAUGUCGCUUCGUCCACUUUACAUCAGCAAAGUUAUUCACAAGGCUAUCAUAGAGGUGACUGAGACUGGCAGCAGGGCGGCAGCUGUGACAUCAGUCGGAAUCACCCUUUAUUCACGUCCUCUGAACACUGUCCAUGUGAACAAGCCCUUCGUGUUCAUCCUGCGCGAUAAGACUUCAGGGCUCAACUUCUUCAUGGGCAGAGUUACCGACCCUUCACAUGAGUAACGUCCCGUAGACAUCAUCGUGAAUCCUUGGUUAUCUUGACCUUUCGGGAAAUUAUCUUCAAUAUUGCCUUCUGUACCUUUAUUGAUAUUAUAUACAUAUGUAAUGUAACACUACGUCACAGUACUUUUAACAUAUGAUGUAUCAAUACAUCUUAUAUAAGUAUAAUAUAAUAAAACACUCUUUCUGAUCCA